UGUACUCUGUGGUGAGCCUGGUGUUGGUAAAUAGCACUGUGAAACUUUGUGAUUUAUCUAGAAAAUAAAAACUAAGUUAAAUUCUACUACUACUACAAUCAAACUACUUUCUCCAUUAAUACCUAAUACGUCAAUAAUGGAUUCACUAAGCUUUCCACCCGCUGAUCCAACCAUGGAACCUGUUCUACCGAUGGAGACUGAUAAACCUUCCACUAUGGGACCUUCCGAAGGUGUGGGGCCUUCUAGUGGAAGACACGAAGAAUUUUCUGUGGAGAAGGUUCUAGAUCGUAGAAUUAAGAAUGGCAAAGUGGAAUAUUUGCUUAAGUGGAAAGGUUAUUCCAAUCAUUUUAGUGAGGACAAUACUUGGGAGCCAGAGGACAACUUGGAUUGUCCAGAGCUUAUAUCAGCUUAUGAAGAGGCUCGUUUGAAAAGGGAGAGAGAGGCAGCCCCUCCUGUAGAAGAGGAAAGCCAGCAAUCUACACGCAAGAGGGCUAAACGAGGGGAAAAGAAAAAGAAAGUAGAGGAAAUUGAGAAACCUCGAGGUCUAGCUAGAGGUCUUCAGCCAGACAAAAUCCUGGCAGGUCAACUUUUCCAUGGCACACUUUACUUCCUAGUCAAAUGGCAUGACUGCACAGAAGUGGACGUUGUCUUAGGACAUGAAUUAGGACAAUCUUUUCCGGACUUUGUGAUCAACUACUACGAGCAAUGCGCUCCAUUCAGCGUCAGAUAUCCAAUGGGUAGAGUCGCCCGACCUGCACCAGUGUUACCGCCAUUAGAAAGUUCAGAACCAGGUGCAGUUUCUCCAAUGGAUACCUCUAUUCCGGAAUUACCAAUUGAGAAAAUGCCCACAGCAAUCGAGCCAGCUGUUCCCGACGCGGAGACCCCGUCACUAGGAGUGCCGGUCAACUGAUACACGUUUUAUAAAACAUAUAAUAGUGAUUAUUAAUGAUGAUCUUCUGGGGUUCUAAAACAGAGCAAGCACGUCAUAAUGUUUUCUAGAAUUUAAAAUCUUGCUGUUUCAGUCUAUGGUAGCAUUUGUCGUCUUGACCGAACUCCGAGAUAUAGUUAUAAGUAUAUAUGGACGCAAGGUUUAUUAUAUAAAAUUAUGUUAUAUAAUUGGUUUGAUAAAAAUAGUAUUGGUACCUAUGUAAUAUAAAAUCGAUAUAAAUAAAUACUUAUGGAACUUAAUAUAUUAUCUUCGCUUUUAUUUUAACAUGGUGGUAUAAGGGCACUAGUAUUUCAUUUUGGUGAAAAUUGACUUACCAAAAUGAAAUUGAAUAUCUAUAACCCUUUAGUAAAAAUGUUUCAAGUUUGGUAUUUUUUUAGUAUUCCCUCAAAUCAUCAAGGGUUGGACCAUGAAACAAAAAUGGUGUCAGCAGCGUCUCUGUGUGUUCGAACUUAAAAUAAAAUCACGUUCGUUUUUAAUCUUGCUAGUUAAUCUGAAUUUUACUCAAUUUCUUCGUCUAGGUAGAUUUAGCAAGAGGCGCGAAGUACGGCUUCGAGCAACAAUUUUUUUUUGGACUCUCAUUAGCAGUGUUGACAAAUAGAAGCAUCUGUUUUGUUAUAAAAUAAUACUAUUUUAAUAUAAAUUCUAGAUUAAUUUAAUUAAAAUGAAAAAAAAUCUAGACUUCUGUUUAUAGUGAAUAAACAUAUGCAGAUCUGUAACAUUUCUUCGAAUUACCUGUUUGAAUGUUUAUCACCAACAGUGUUAGAUACCGCCGUCCGCCGCGCUGCUUAAACUUGUUGGGUGUUUCUUACUGCACCAAAUUCAUGAUGAUUGUUAUUUGAAAUGCUUAACUGGCUCACGAGGUUAGACAAAAAGAAAGUCAUCGUGUAUUUAUUUAUAUCUAUGGAAUGUUUAACAACACAAACCUGCAACAGUGAUCACGUAAUGGAAAUUAAUAUAAUUACGUAAGUACUUACAUAUUAAGUGUAUCGCUUUAAGAUCGAUAGAAGGAAACGACUCGCAUUGCCUUCGAUCGAUAUAAUAAAUACUAGAUAUGUUGUCGGUCAUCAAUGAGUGCCUUUGUAAAAAUUAAGUAUCCAAUCACGUAUUGGGGACACUUAUUACUUUUUCUGUGGAUUUUACAUCUGAAAAAAUAAUAAGUACCUGGAUUUCGUUUGUAUAUUGAUUGAAAAAUUACAAUUUAUUCAAUGUUUUCGAGAGUAACUGAAAAUUAAAAGUACAAACGAUUCAGGAAACUGUCAGUUAGACUUGUGUCGGACUGCAUAUCUAGUACAUUAUUGAUAAAUACAAAUAUGUUACGAUAAAAAAAAUAUGUAGAUUAUGAUGAAUAAAAAGAGUGUUUA